ACUAUUAUUGUGCGCAGCGCGAUAGAGCAGCGCUACCGCCAGUACAUGCGAAUUAUGAUCAAUCUCAAACUUUCAGAAUAUCAUAGAUCGUUUAACAUUUCUUUCAUUUUUGCGUAUUUUCGAUCAUGAAUUUUUUCCGCAACCGAUUGGUGGUUUUGGGGCUGGUGUUAUUGGCCACAGUGCUGUUGUAUCUGCUCCUGCCCUCCAUGCGUCAGGGCAGUAUGGAGCCGUCAUUUGAGGUGCAGCAGCGGAUGGGAAUGAUCGCCGCGUCCCCGCCACCACCUCUGCAGUCCAGCAUCAACAUCACUGUGAGGACGGGACAGCUGCCCGGGGACCCGCCGCUGUUCUUCAGGGAGGCUUUGCCAGUGGACAGCGCUGGAAGACAGAUUCUUCCCAAGUUGCAGAUGGUGCUGCUUCACGGUCAGGCGUUCACUUCUAAAACCUGGGAGGAGCUGGGAACCCUCGGCCUGCUGGCCUCCAGUGGAUAUCAGGCCUUGGCCCUCGAUCUGCCCGGUUUUGGGAACUCCCCUGACUCGGAGACGGUAAAGUCGGACCAGAGCCGCGUGGACUUGCUUAAGCGUUUUCUGGAAUCUUUGGGUGUCAGAUCUCCAGUGUUACUGAGCCCGUCUAUGAGCGGCCAGUACGCCCUGCCCUUCCUCCAGAGACACAGCGCCCAGCUGCACGGAUUUGUGCCCAUCGCCCCUGUGGGCACCCGCAGCAUCACCCCUCAAGAGUACCGGGACAUCCAGACUCCCACGCUGAUCGUUUAUGGAGAGUUGGACACUAAUUUGGGCGCCCAGUCCCAUAAGAAUCUGAUUCAGCUGCCCAAUCACACGGUGGUGAAGCUGCCGGGAGCUCGACACGCCUGCUACAUGGACAAACCCCGCGAGUUUCAUCGCGCCUUGCUCGACUUCCUCAGCAAACUGGACUGAGACCGAAAAAGACUUUAAAGAAGAAAACAGACUAAAGAAGAUGGCGAAAUAUAAAAAUAAGGACAUGCCGAGGCAGAGCAGAUCUGAGACUAAUAACUCUUUUGCUUUUUGCGAGUUGGCUAAACAUUCGAGAAAAACAACUCGCUGGAACGGCCAUUUGACUUCUGUGUAAAAUCCCAGCGUCCAGCGUUAUGAAAUUAAAUGUUAUAAUGUUUCCACAAACAAAAACUUUAAAGGCCAGAUAUUGUACAUAUGACUCCGUCUCAGUGGUUUUGUGUUCAUACAAGUCAAUGGGGUUCUAUGUUGUUUGGUUGUCAACUUUCUUCAAAGUACCUUCUUUUGUGUUUUGCAGAAGAAAGACAGUCAUCAGGUGAAGGACAUUUUGUUUUUGGGUAUGGUUUGGGACUUCACAUUCUUUCAGAUAACUGGCACACAAAACUCUCAAUGGUAAAAACUGAUCUCUUGUUUAUUUGUAACAAACCAUCUCACUGCGUCAGAAGGAAGUGUAGGGUUUUCACACCAGCAGUUGGCACAUGGAACACUACAUGUUGCAAGUGUUUGUCAAUGACUCAACCCAUGGUUUCAGCUACUGAGAACUGAAGGAUGUUUUGGCAGUAUUGACCUCCUUUCCUGUCUGUAAAUUCACACCUUAUUAUUAAAACUCGCAGUAAGUUGGUCCUUGCGAUAGUUAUAGAAUUUACUAAGACUGCAGAGAAAAAUAAAGGUGUUCCUGGUAUCAUUAAAUGACUUGGACAUUUGCCCUCGCCACACCUGAAAAAUCAGCUAGCUGAUUGCAUCAUCGGUUCACAUAUUUAUUGUUUAUUUGUUAUGUUAAAGCUUUUUCAUGGAAAACUGUAUUGUGUGUGGUAUUUAUGUGCUGUGGUCCAUUUUUUGUAUGUUUAUAACCUGUUAAUAUGAAUAUGUUGUACAGAACAGCGAGGCAUCUCUGUAAUGUCGAUAUUUCUAACAACACAAAACCUGAAAGCCGUCUCCACCAAGACUGAACUACAUGCAUGGUACAGCAGAACCGUGAGGUGUUUUUAUUCGGUGCAAAAUAAAGUCAGUUAAUAUUAA